AUGCAAACCGACUGGAGAGCUGUCUACAUUCUAACUUCCAUUGGGCUACUGAUGACGUUUCGGGUCAGCUCAAUGAAUUCUGGAAUAUGGGCUUAUAUGCAAAAGGUAUGAACUAAUAUUUGAUUCUUACAUAGAAAUUUUUAGAGUUACUAUAACUAUAAUAGAUAGGGUUGUGAUAUAAACAUAACGUAAAUCUGAAGAUGCAUGAUAAUAUACAGCUUUCUUUAGUUGAUUAUAAGUAUUGAAAAACGCACUUUCUUAUUUUAGAUAAAUCCAAAAAUUGAAGAAUCAUUUUAUGGUGCCAUUACUUCAGCUGAAAACGUAGUCAACUUGGUAACAUCGUUUACUGCUGGUGUGGUAUGUAACAAGCUUAGUGACACAAAGUAUGUUUUUCUUAAUUUAUUUACCCUAGCCAUACCUUAGUCUUACCUUAGGACUAUACUAGCCCUACUACAGCUUUAUUUAAUCAUACUCUUGCUGCCCACUUUCUUUGUAUUUGCCUUAUCCUAGUUUUUCCCUGCUAGCCUUACCUUAGCCUUAUCCUAGCCCUAACCUAGCUACUCUCUAUCCCUACUCUAGACUCACUCUACCUUUACCUCAACCUUGCCCUAGUCGUAUUUUUAACCUUGCUUUACUUCUUUUUCUCUUUACCUUAGCUUACUUUUGCUCUACCCUUAUUUGAAGCGUUUGCGCUAGUGCCAAGCCGCAAAGAGGGGAAACUUCAAAACCAAUUGACUAUGUUAUAACUAGUACUAUAUGUUACUAUUGUUAGUUGUUGUUUUAAUUAUAUUUGUUAUUAAAAUAAAUAUUUGAUUAAAACCCCGUGUAACAGAACGUUUGGCGCACCCUGUAUAUUUUCUCAGCUUUGCCUUACUAAGCUCUACCGUUUUUUAAUUUACCCUACCCUUAAGUUCUAAACUAAGAAAAACCUUUUUUAGAUUAUGUACAGUAACUGGAAUGGUCUGCUUUUUAUUAAGCGUAAUAUGCUAUUUGGUAGUGGAAAUUAUGCCAAGCUUUGACAAACUAUUGUUCAUGGGUUCUCAAAUUACGUUUGGGUUUGCCAUGGGUAUGUUAUUUAACAAAAAUUUUUUAGAAGGAUACGGUAGGACAGGGUAAAGAACGGUAGGGACGGUAGAAUACAAUACGGUACGGUAGGAUCUUGUAUGGUAUUGUAGGGUUGGGUAGGGCAUGGUAGAGUACAGUAUGGUACGGUAAGAUAGAAUAAGGUAUUACGGUUUUAUUUGCUUACUUAGGGCUUUCUUUUUUCAGGUUUAACCAGUGUAGCCAGAACUCAUUUGGCUAUGGCGUCUACCGAGGAAGAUCGGCCGAAAGCCAUGUCAUUCUUUCACGUUGCCACUUCUGCUGGAAUGGGUGUUGGGCCUUGUAAGUGAUGAAUAAAUGCUAUUAUUUAGAAGCGAUUUAUACUUAUUGUCUUAGUUUAGUCUUUUUAACUUCAGCUAUUUUAAAUACUGGUGCUACCUAAUUUAGUCCUAACCAUCGCGGCAGCUUUAAUCAACUACCCAGGCCUCGAAUAUCUAUUUGGUCUUCAUCUCAACGUCUACACGAUACCUCCAUUUGUUUUUCUUAUCUGCACCACCAUUGUCUUCUUCGUACUCAUCAUCUUCUACAAUGGUCGGCUUCAUCUUCACAAGUCGCCUUCUGAAGUCGACGCUCUUCAGCCCAAGCUCAAGAAAAAACUUUUAAAUUUUAAAACUCCGUAUGACAAACUAGCUGUACUGUUGUGUUUUCUGACUAGAAUGGUGUUGUCGUCGACUCAGCUGUUCAUCAUGGUCAUUGGCAGCCCUUAUAUGAAGACUGUGUUUGGGUGGAGCAGCGAUGAGUUGAUCACCUUUAGUGCUGCGAUCAACACUUUUAAUGGUGUUAAUGGGGUUGUUAUAUGGUAGGUGGAUCAGGUUUUUAAAGGCAGGGUGUUGUUUGAAAAGUAGAUGAGAUUAAGCAUGAGAAGCGUUGGAUAUAGAUACAGUAAGUCAAACUACGGCUAAGGUAGGAUACUGUAGAGAAGAAUGUAGUGAUUGUAUAAGCGUACGGCAGGUAGAGUAUUGCAAGGAAAACGUAUUAGGGCAAAGGCAAGGCAAGGCAAGGCUUAAUCUUUAAACUUUUUAUAUUUUUAGCUUAUCAUACACAAAAGGAUUUACUCAAAAGCAUCUCUCCGAACGUGCUGCCAUAGUGAUAUCGAUGUCUCUCAUCCUAAUCUUUUACAUAAUAACCUACCCAUACCCAUUUUAUUCAUCAACCAUACCAUAUGAAGUCGUACAAAACAGCACGAUAGUACAAUAUGGAUGUUCAUCAAGAUUCGCUUGGUGUGAAUAUACCCCAGCUGUCAAUAAAUGGGUGUAUAUGAUUGCAUUGUGCGUUUGUUUCAGUAUUUCCGUACCAUUACUGAUACUGAAUUUGGAUAUUUUGUACUCAAAAAUACUUGGCAAUAUUAAACAAGGCGCUAUGCAAGGAGCGUUCUUGGUUCUAGGAGAAUGUGUUAACAUUGUUGGACCUUUAGUGUUUACGUAAGCUUUUUAUUUCAAUUUUUUGGUAAAAUACGAUCUGGCUACACCAGUUAUUUUAAAAUAAUGUGUAAAUUUUUAUACUUACUUUUGAUUUUUAAGCCAAAAAAGUUUUUUUUAUAAAAAAGUGUAUUUUUUCCAAAAAAAAUGAUAAAAGUGCCAUUUUUAAUUACAACCCAAACUAAAUUUUAUAAAACUUAUGUUUUUAAAACAAUGCAAAUUUUGUUUAAAUCACAACUUUUUAAAAAGUUUAAUUAAAAAGUAUCUAAAAAUGGCGAAAAACGCGUUUACAUCCAACCGGACUCGAACACCCGUGGAAUAAUCAAGCGCGCCGUUGCUUAACUUGCCAGAUCGGACCGGAGCGCACUUUCGCUUUAUACUAAACGGGAAAAUUGGCUCAAAUUCGGAGGAUAAUUUUAAAAAUGGCAGUAACUUUGUUUCCAGUGAGAAAAUUUACCUAAAAUUUUUAAAGAUUAAAAAAUUUAAAUUAAAUUUUUUUUUUUAAAUUUUAACGAAAUAAUGUCAUUUUAGGAACAUUUAUGAAUGGACAGGACCAGCCUACUUAUGGCUUUACAAUAUAGCUUCAAUAGCUGUUAUUCUACUAUUGUUUUACAAAUUCUACGAUCGAAUGGUGUCGGCUUCGGCUAAUAUUAAAGUAGAAGAAGUCAUAAGUGAUGAACUACGUGAUGUUACCAAACUUGCGGAGCAGAACUUUUGA